AUGGCGGAGACGGCGAUCACGACGGUGCUGGCCAAGGUGGCUGAGCUGGUGGCGUGGGAGGCGGCGGUGCUGCUGGAGGUGGGCGACGACGUGCGCCUCCUCCGCGACAAGCUCGAGUGGCUCCACACCUUCAUCCGCGACGCCGACCGCCGCCGCCGCCUCCGCGACGACGAGUUCGUCGCCGUCUGGGUGCGCCAGACCCGCGACGUCGCCUUCGAGGCCGAGGACGCGCUCGACGACUUCCUCCACCGCGCCGGGCGGAGGCGGAGGAAGGCCGCGCUGGGUUCCGGGUGCGCCGUCGGUGGGUGGUGGUGGUGGCCCGGCCGGUGCGCCGGACAGGUCGCGCUCCGCCACGACCUCUCGGGGCGUAUCCGCCAGAUCAGGAAUCGGCUCAAUGAGAUCUCCGAGAACCGCGCCGUCUACAACAUCGAGCACAUGCCCGCACCGGCCUGGGCCGCCGCCUCCUCUGCCACCACCCUCGCCGCCUGGGACGAUCUGGAGGAGGACACGGUUGGGCUGGACAAGUACAGCGACAUGCUCAAGGAGCAGCUCCUGGACGACUCCGUCCCCGCGCGCGCGCUCGUGGCCGUCGCCGGCGAGAGCAGCAUUGGGAAGACGACUCUCGCGCGGAAGGUGUACCAGAGCCUCGAGGUCCGCAACCACUUCGAGAUCCGCACGUGGACGGUGCUCCCGCACAAGUGCCGCGCCGCCGACGUCCUCCGCGACAUCCACCGGCAGAUGACCAACCAGCUGCGGCGGGCCCCGUCCGCGUCCAAGCAGGCCGCGGAAGACUCCUGCGACGGCGACAAAGCCUUCGGGACGGGAAAGGACAUCAGCAACCAGCUGCACAAGAGCAUGACGGGGAGGCGGUACCUCGUGGUCGUCGACGGCAGCGUGUCCGUCACGGACUGGAACAGCCUGCGAGCCUCCCUCCCCGACGAGGGCAACGGCAGCAGGGUGCUCCUGAUCACGGACCCGGAAGGCCUGGAGGUGGUCGGCCUCGGCCACGCUGGCCACACGUACGACCCGAUCGAGCUGACCCGGCUGAGUCCGGAGAGCACGUACGAGGUGUUCCGGCGCCGGGUGUUCGGCGCCCGCGGCGACUGCCCCGGCCGGUACAAGUCGAGGUACUACCAGGACGUGUUCCGGAUCACGCGCGGCCUGCCACUGUCGAUCGUCGUCCUCGCCGGGAUCCUGCGGUCCAAGGAGCUGCCGGUGGAGUGGGACGAGGUGAUGGCGCAGCUGGCCCCGCCGGCGCGCGAGAAGCAGCACAAGGGCGGCGGCAGCAACAGCUGGCCCCGGAUCAUGUCGCGGGCCUUCGACGACCUGCCGCACCACCUCAAGUCGUGCUUCCUCUACCUGGCGGCGAUGCGGGAGAGCACCCCGGUGGACGCGCAGCGCCUGGUGCGCCUGUGGGUGGCCGAGGGGUUCGUGCGCCCGCGCCGCGGGAGCACCAUGGAGGAGGUCGGGCAGGGGUACCUCAAGGAGCUCAUCUCCCGCUGCAUGGUGCAGCUGAUGGACAAGGACGACUUCGGCGCCGUGCAGACGGUGGUGGUGCACGAACGCCUGCACGCCUUCGCGCAGGACGAGGCGCAGGAGGCCAGCUUCAUCGAGAGCCACGACAGCACUGACGUGCUCGCGCCGGCCACCGUGCGCCGCCUCGCCGUCCUCAACUCCACCACAGACAGGUACGUGCAGCUCAGCAACGCGCUCCCCAAGCUGCGCUCCAUCAUCUGCGACUUCGUGGAGGGUCGACGAGUCAGGUCGUCCAGCAACUUCAUCCACACCACCGACCUGGAGUUCCUCCAUGCUUCCAAGUUCCUCCGUGUCAUCGACAUUCAUGGACUAGAGCUCAAGAAGCUCCCAAACGAGAUCGGCUCCAUGAUCCACAUCAGAUACCUGGGCCUCCAAUGCGGCGACCUGGAGAAGCUCCCGAGCACCAUAGGCAACCUUGUCAACCUGCAGUCGCUCAUCCUCGGCGGCCGGCACGUCCUGGAGGUGCCCGCCGCGUUCUGGAGGAUCCCCACGCUGCGGCACGUCGUCGCGCUGUUCACUCUGCCGAGCAGGGCCCUGGGCGACCUGCACAGCCUCCAGACGCUCCACGGCGUGCAUCCCCGCGGGUGGGGCGGCGACUACAACCCGCUGGGGAAGGCCGCCAACCUCCGGUCGCUGGAGCUCCGCGAGCUGACCGCCAAGCACGCCGAUGCGCUCGAGGCCGCGCUGGAGAGCCUCGACCUCCUGGAGCACCUGGAGCUGCGGGGCGACCCGCUGCCGUCGAGCGUGUUCAGUAUCCCGAGCCUCCGCCGGCUGCAGAGCCUGAAGCUGAUAGGCGCCAUGGAUGCGCCGGAGGGGCCCAGAGGCGCGGAGGACGUCCGGUACAUCCGGCCGAACCUGAUCAGGCUGUCGAUGUGGAACACCGAGGUGGGGCAGAAGUUCGUGGACAUGCUGGCCGAGCUGCCGAACCUGGCCGAGCUCACGAUGAUGUACGACGCCUAUGACGGCGAUCGGCUGGCGUUCGUGGAGACUGGAUUCCCGAGGCUGCACAAGCUGAAGCUCGGCCUAACGAAGCUGGAGGAGUGGACGGUGAGCCCGGAGUCCAUGCCGGGGCUCGCCAUGCUGACGCUGUUCCGGUGCGCCAAAAUGCGGAUGCUCCCGGAGGCUCUCGCCGGGAUGACGGAGCUGAAGGAGGUGGUGCUGUACAGCAUGCCCGACAUCGUGGGCAGGAUCAAGGAGGGCGAAGGCCAGGAUUACCACAAGGUCAAGCACGUUCCCGUCAUCCAGACUAUAUACUGA